CACGUCUUGUUUUCCUACUUGCGCCGACACGUGUAGUUGAUCAUGCCGUAGCGCGCACGUUGACAGAGCAGAAUGAGGAUAAACCGUUACAAGCGGGUCCAGAGGCACCUCAGCUUCUACAAAAAUGCCUUCGGAUUCCGACCACCGUAUCAGAUCCUGGUGGACGGCACGUUCUGCGCGGCUGCGCUCAAGUACAAAGUGAACAUUAGGGAUCAAAUGCCAAAGUACCUUGGCGACGAAGUCAAACUCUGCACUACGGUCUGCGCCGUGACCGAGACGGAGAGCCUCGGCCCAACGCUGUACGGGGCCACGCUGGUCAUCAAGCAGUUUUCCGUGCGCCGUUGCGGCCACGAGAAGCAGCCCAUCACGGCCGCCAACUGCUUCCACAGCAUGGUGCGGAAGCGCAACCCGGACCACUACAUGGUCGCCACGCAGGACCACGACCUCAGCGAGCGACUGCGCGCCCUGGUAGGCGUGCCGCUUCUCUACCUUUUCAACGCCAUCACUCUCGAGAAGCCGUCGGAGAAGAGCGAAAAGAAGGGCAUGGAGGCGCUGCGGGCUCAGUCGGAGGCCCCCGAGCGGCAGAUGGAGGUCGUCAAGCAGCUCAAGCGGCAAGAGAACCUCCUGGAGGACGAAGCGGCGGCUAAGAGGAAGCGGAGAAAACCCGCGGGACCCAACCCGCUGUCGUGCAAGAAGCCGAAGAAGGCCCCGAAGAGGCCGUCGUCAGACGCCGUGCAGGCUGGCUCGGAAGCUGGCAGAAAACGAAAGAGGCACAAACGUGUCAAGCUUGCCAAACAUGUUGCGUCAGAACUUUCGAAGUCUUCUGCGGAGUAAAGUGUUGUGUGUCGGC